AUGGUAACAAAGGCAGAGCUAGAGAAGAUGCUAGAAAAUGUAAGAAAUGCAGUGAUGGGACCAAGGAUAACAGAAAGAACAAUCAAGUGGGAUAUAAGAGACAUUGAGGAGAAGGGUCUGCAGACAGAAGUAAUUAUGGCACCGAGGGAAACAAUGGAAACAGACAUUUGGAUCUGGUGGAUGAAGGUA